CCUCUGUCUCGCAUCAGAGAGAGAGAGAAUCUCCCGUCUCUGCUCUUUUUCUUCUUCGCCUUCACUACGCCCAAGCUUAAUGUAAGGGGAAGAAGAAGAAGAAGAAGAAGAAGAAGAUGUGGAAGAAAUGAUUGUUGCAGGAAGGAAGAAUUUAAUCACUGCACGAAAGUGAAAAGGGUGAAAAUGAUUGCACGAGCACCUUUCUGCAACUCUACCCGUUGAACCGUUCUUAAGUCUAUGUCGUCACGGAGUCACGGGAGAGGAAGAGCUUCUCGUUGGUGCUGAGCCUACCCUUUUCACUUUCAUGGCGGGUUGAGGAUUUUUGGGCUAUUAUAAGUCUUUCCUCUUUGUGUUUCUCUCCCUGGAAGAUGCACUGUUCAGCAUGAGACCGCAUUACUCAGCUGCGUGAGUUGGGUGAGAGAAGAGGCCAAACAGAGCAAGUCAUGGGCUGGAUACCCUGUUCUGGGAUAUCCGAUUCCAAGAAGAAGAAGAAGAAGAAGCAUCCUGAUCAUAACCAAAUCAGACCCUCCUCAGCAGGUUCUCAGAAAUCUACGUCCGGCUCUUCCUCGACUGGAAGGGAAGUCCCCCAAAGUGGAGGCUCAGAUCAUAAUCAUAUCGCAGCUCAGACUUUUAGCUUUCGAGACUUGGCAACUGCGACUCGGAAUUUCAGAGCAGAUUGUCUUCUGGGUGAAGGAGGUUUCGGCAGAGUAUAUAAAGGGUGUCUUGAAAAUAAUAAGGUUGUAGCGAUCAAGCAGCUCGAUCGUAAUGGAUUGCAGGGAAACCGGGAAUUUCUUGUGGAAGUAUUGAUGCUGAGCCUACUCCACCAUCCUAACCUCGUCAAUCUGAUUGGCUAUUGUGCUGAUGGAGAUCAGCGGCUUCUCGUUUACGAGUACAUGCCGUUGGGUUCUUUAGAAGACCAUUUACAUGAUAUUUCACUGGGUCAGAAACAGCUCGACUGGAACACGAGAAUGAAAAUCGCAGCAGGGGCCGCUAAAGGGUUGGAAUAUUUGCACGAUAGAGCUAGCCCUCCGGUGAUAUACCGAGAUUUGAAGUGCUCCAACAUUUUGCUCGAUGAGGGAUAUCAUCCAAAGUUGUCUGAUUUCGGGUUAGCCAAACUCGGCCCCGUAGGGGACAACACUCACGUGUCCACCAGGGUUAUGGGCACCUAUGGAUACUGUGCUCCAGAGUAUGCAAUGACUGGCCAACUUACUCUGAAAUCAGAUGUUUACAGUUUUGGGGUCGUUCUUCUAGAGAUUAUAUCUGGGAGGAAGGCAAUUGACAAUUCAAAAUCUGCAGGAGAGCAGAAUCUGGUCGCAUGGGCCAGGCCAUUGUUCAGAGAUCGAAAGAAGUUCAUGCAAAUUGCCGACCCAACGCUCCAGGGCCAAUACCCUACAAGAGGGCUUUACCAAGCUCUAGCAAUCGCUGCAAUGUGUGUCCAAGAACAGCCCAAUCUCCGCCCUGUUAUAGCUGAUGUGGUCACAGCCCUGAGUUACCUUGCUUCCCAGAAAUACGAAACUGAUCAGGCAGCGCACAAGGCCCAACUAGCCCCCUGUACUCCCCCCCGAGCGAAACGGGAUGGGAAUAAUAAGAAGCUCAAUGGCGUUGGACAUGGAUCUGAUAGAGAGAGGACCAAGAAGUUGAGCUGAUACCUCAGGAUCAUAGUCUCAGAUUUACGGAAUCUUCUGUCCUAAUACGCAGAGAGGGUCCCUCCGAGAACAGGCAAAUUACUCGCCUCAUAAACUCGUCUAUUACAGAACAAUGUGUUAUGAGGCGAUCGAAGAUUUUUCAGUAUUGAUAUAUUGGUAGUUAGAUGUGUGCAAGUGCUGUAAAUUUCUGUGGGAUCGUCUCUUCUCCAUCCAUCUAUUGGCUUUCAGAUAUAUAUGUCAGUUGUAACAAUAUCUGUAACUUCAUAUAUCUUACAGGUCAUAGGAUACUUGUAGUUAACCUAAAUUAUGUACCACGAAUGGAUUGUUUUAUGGUAUUAGAUGAAUGCGGAUGUUUACGAUCUAA